CAAACACAUGACAUCUCGUGUGGGAACGUAACGAACCAUGUUUCCAACUUUGUAAGGUCCUUUGACGCGGGUCAAAUUUACCGACAAGAGCCCGAACGUGCCAUGUGGCGAACGUUGGACACAUGCAAUUCGUCAGCGCUCUCCCACACGAUGUGGGAGCGGUUCUGGGCAACCAGGACCAGAACCAGGACUGACAGAUUCGACUAACGUACAUCAGACAGUGACUAAUGGGCAAAGGUCCUACGGACCGCCCAGACAAAUAAAUGACGAAUAGUGGGAGCGGUUUUACCCCUCGAUUCUUUUGCUCUUGAGCAAUCCUGUCAUCUUCAGCUUGCACCAAGCUAGUCUAACAAAAAAGAAGCACGCGACGUCUGUGACCGGCCUAAUGCAAGUAAUUUGACGUUUCGUGCAAAUGUCCCUUGUUUAUCUUUUCAGGUUAGAAAUUAUGGUAAAAAUCGUCAAAAGAGCAAAAUGUUUCCUAAAAGCAAAUGAAUUGGAUUCUUUUAAGUUUCUUUCUUGUCAAUUGACGGACACAAGCAAGGAAUGUAAGACUGGUACUAUACAUGCCAUAUAAUUAGGAAAGAAUUGAUUAUAGUGGGAGCCCAGAGACAAGAAAACCAAACAAUGUGCAUUACUGUACUAAGAAAAAUCUGCCAUUGGGGCCCUCUCACUGCCAUAGGGAUCAUUAAAUUAGUUACUGCAAUGACUAUUCAUUGUAUGAAUAUGUUGUGGCCAAAAGAAACAUUAGGUGGUAAACUAAAUUAUGGAAUUUUCAUUAUAUUAUCAGGGUUAACUCUCUUCAAUUUUUUGUCAUCAAUGUACCAUGGAGCUGGAUAUUUGCCACUUAAUUGGAGACCUUGUAAAGAAGAAGACUGCCAAUUUUUGCAAAUGUGUGGGGUUUGUGAUGGGUAUAAGGCCCCUAGAUCACAUCACUGUAGAAAAUGUGGUAGAUGCGUACUGAAGAUGGACCAUCAUUGCCCAUGGAUUAACAACUGCGUAGGCUGGGGCAACCAUGCCCAUUUCACGUGCUUUCUAUUGUCCGCCACCCUCGGAUGUGCUCAGGCGGCAGUCAUCCUCUGUAUUUCCUUGUACCACUCCAUAUACUACAGAACAGCCCCUCAGUUGAUCGGUCAACCAAGAGUCCACUUGGGGCUCUAUGGUACCAUCCUGUGUGUAUUUGCACUUGGUUUUUCUAUCGGGGUCGUUAUUGCCGUCGGUAUGCUGUUGUGGCUUCAGGUUCGAGCGAUAAUCCGUAAUCGCACUGGAAUUGAGGAUUGGAUACUGGCAAAAGCAAACUUCCGUAGAUCAGAAGCUACUGCAAAUAGUAGUAGUAGUAGUGAUGCAAAUAUGGGGGAACGUUUUGUUUUUCCAUACGAUCUAGGAAUACGCAGAAAUAUCCAGCAAGUGAUGAACUGGACCUGCCAACCUGUUGGAGACGGCAUCCAUUGGCCAGUGCAAUAUGGAUGUGACCAAUACACAUUAACCAGAGAGCAGUUAGCACAAAAGAACGAAAAAAGGCUGAAAACACGUUUGUACACCAUAUUUAGACCAGUUUCGGGGUAUUGGUUUCCGAUAUUCAGCCAUGGGAUUCGGGUUUGCUUGAAUUUUCCGUGCACAGAUGAACCAAGGAUAAAACUGGCCAUAGGAGAUAAAGUUCAGGUUACCAGAUGGAGAAAACAUUGGUUAUUUGGAGAACUUGUACAGCAGCGUGAUGAAAUAAGUACGGAAGAAAGAAACAGAUAUGAUACAUCAGAAAGAGUAAGAGGAUGGUUCCCCAGGAGAUGUGCCGUUGAAACCAAUCGUGUGAACUAUAAAAAUGGAGUCAGCUCUCAAAACAACAAGAAGAUCGACUGACGUUUAGAGUCAGAGGGUAAAAACACGGUAUCCUUAUUAUGGGCAAGACUCCUCGAUGGGGUUUCCAGGAGGUGGAAUAUGCACCAGAAUAUGAAAAGGAAUGUCAACGCACAAAGCAAGGAAAAGAAAGAAGAAAAUGCUACAUCGUUACUGCGGAAAACCAAGUAAUGUCCUGUGAUGGAUGGGAAUGAAAAUAACGUGCCAUGAGUACCAUAAAAUGUAAAUAAAUACAAGUAGUUAUUACUUCAGCACGUCUCAAGGAGUCGAAAAAAAAAGCCUCUGCUAAUAAAAGUGGGAAGGAUCUCAAAGUGCUGAAUAUAUGCAGCCAGUUGUAAAUGUAACUAUGCCAAAAAUACAACGUGCAAAAGAAUCUUUAAACAAUUUUUUAACGAGUUCUUUAUUAUCAUUAUAUCAGACUUCAUGGAUAAGUAUUUGCACACAAUUAAAUUUAAUCAUGUGUAUAAUUGUAUGGGAGAUUCCUGGAACGAGAAAAAUGCUUUAAAACUGAAUGAUUUGAAUUAUUGUACCGUGUGUUUAAUAUUUAUUGCUUUAUAAUUUAUGUAGCAAAAUUAAAAAACAAGAAUUUAUUUCGUCC